AUGGCGGACGAAAGUGGCCAAAUUGGCGUAAUGUUAAUUUGUGGCAUUCCUGCUGCUGGAAAGUCUACAUUUGCAAAAAUAUUGCAUAAAUACGUGCAUGAAAUAACGGACGGCUCUUUUCACACAAUAUAUGUGUGUUACGAUGACUUAAUUCCUUUUGAUUUAGACUUGUAUGGUAGCAGUACGGAAAACCCAGCUCAAAACGGUUUGGAAAUGGAAACCGAAAACAGGGUUGGUAAUAGCGAGACUCUAGAGAAUUUUGAGAACUACUCAUUAUGGAAACAGCACAGAAAAUACAUACUCGAAGCAGUCGAAAAAAUUAUGAAUUUGUUACAAAAUAGUCCAUGUGGAAAUGGAGAUGAAGGAAGCGGAUCAAAUCUUGAGGCAGUUGAAUUGAAGAUGGAAGGAUUGUCUGGUUUUCAAGAGUUUUGGGGCAUUUUCCUAAGAAGCAUAUCUAAGAAAGACAGAAAGUGUUCCUGCAUUGAGAGUGGUUCAAGUAGCUGGAGGUGGAAUGGUAGUGCUCAUGUCAUUUUAGUGGAUGACAAUAUGUUUUACCACAGUAUGCGGUAUGAAUACGUCCAGCUAGCAAGAAAAUACAGAGCUGGGUUUGCAGAAGUGUUCUUGAAGUGUCCACUUGAAAUUGCAGAGGAGAGAAACAACUUAAGGAGCCACCCAGUGUCAUCAGACACUAUGAAGAAUAUGUUUAGUAAAAUGGAACCUCCUGAGCCUGAUAAGUUUCCUUGGGAGCAGUUCAGUGUCACAUUUAAAUCUGAAGUACAAUGGGAUAUUGAAAUAAUGGAGAGUGUGACUCUACUUAUUAGAGAGGCUUUGAAGCACCCAGCAGUACAAUGUGUGGAGGACUUUGAGGAAAAGGAAAAGUCAAGAAUGGCAUGCAUAACAAGCAUUGUCCAUCAGACUGACCAGGUUCUUAGAAAAUAUGUCAGUAAGGUUAUCUCUGAGGCAAAAGGCAGUGGAAAGGGGAAAAAAGAGCUUCAGUUCUUGGCAGCCCAGUUAAACAAGCAGAAGAAGGCAUUUCUGGACAAUCUACACAGCAUCAAGAGCUAUUCUGAAUGCAGUGGCAAAGAGAAGAGGAGUCUAGCUUCUAAACAACACUUACCUGGUGAUAAAACAGAGAUCACAAGGGACAACUCUUGUGAAAGAACACUUAACACAGUUUGCAAGCAAUCAGACACAUCUGAUGAAAAGCAAAUUGCUCGUGUUCAAGGAAGUACCCCACAUUUUAAAAACAUUGUGGCUGGACAGUCAAGAAUUGGUGAUUCUAGAUCACACUUUUGUCUCUGCUGCUUUCCAGAUGUUGAAGAUAAAGAAGAAUUUAAGUCAUAUGUGGAAGAAUUAUUUAAUGAAAUUAUUCAAUCAUAGGACAGUGCUUUUAAAAUCAGACAAAUUAUAGAAUUCCAACAUUAAAUAGGCCAACAGUUUUAAGCAAGAACUCAAUACAUGAAGUUUAAAUUUUUAAUGCUUGCCAAAUUUUAAUUAUAUUUCAAGUUUCUUCUGA